AUGAUCACUAAGACUCAGCAAGCAGAUGCAGGCUCUGGGCUCUCAGAAAAGAAAAAGAAGAAAAAGAAAGUGGUCAAAGAGCCAGAGAGUCUGUGUUCAGGUGUAAAAGACGAUUAUCUCACCAAGGUUUCUCCUCAGAGAGGUCCAUCCCACUGUAACAACGUGGUCCAGGCACCUGAAGUGCCUCUAGUGAAGAAAAAGAAGAAGAAAAAGAAACUUCUUAGUGAACACCAUUUAGAACCCAAAACUGUGCUUUCAGCCAGGCGGGCAGAAAGGUCACCCAGCUCCAGGAAGCAGAUCAUUGAUUCUACUGAGUGUCCAAGUGGGGAGAAGAAAAUGAAGAGGAGGUCCUUGUCUGGGCCCCACGGACUAGAGGCAGAGACCUCCCUGAGCCCUGGACAAGCCAAAGAGGGUAUCGGAGGUGUCAAGAAGGUCAAAAAACACAAGAAGGAGAAAUGCACUCAGGACAGCGUGGCCUUCAUGGUCCAGAACCCCAGGCCUGUGGAGGCCGGGGAUGCGACCUUUGCUUGUGCACAGAGGGUGAGUGAGGAGCUGGCAGCCUUGGGGCAGAAACGGAAGCAGGAGAGCCCCAGUGAACACCAAGUCAAAAUGAAGAAGAAGAAGAUGUACCAGGAGGGAGACGUGGCCUGCAGCCACCUCCAAGCCUCCAAGUCCGUGGGGAAAGGGGGUGAAAAGAACCAAGCCAAAGUCGAGGUUCUGGAAUACAUCCCAGUAGGAGAUGGGUCCAGAACCCCCAUGAAGAAGAAAAGCAAAUCCGAGAAGCAGACAGAACCUCUAGGCAUGGAGGAGUCGGCCCUGAAGAAGAAAAAGAGAAAAGACAGCCAGAUAUUGAGAGAACCUUAUGAGGAGGAGCCAGACCCCGACCUAGAGGUGGUCCUGGAGAAGAAGGGUAACAUGGAUGAGGCGUGCAUAGACAAGGUGAGGAGAAAGGCUUUGCAAGAAGAGAUUGACCGUGAGUCAGGCAAGACAGAAGCUUUUGAAACCAAAGAGUGGACGGGAACCAAGUUUGGCCAGUGGGACACUGCUGGAUUUGAAACCGAGGACCAGAAACUGAAGUUUCUCAAACUGAUGGGUGGCUUUAAAAAUCAUUCCCCUUCGGUCAGCCGUCCCCCGAGUGUGACCUCGAGGCCCAACAUGGCACUCAGCAAGGAGGGGGCCAACACCCUGCAGCAGAACCUGCAGCAGGACUACGACCGGGCCAUGAGCCGAAAGUUCAACCGCGGGGCCGGCCUCGGCUUCUCCAGAACCCCGGACAAAGUCUUCUAUAUCGACAGAAACGCCUCCAAGUCCAUCAAGUUUGAGGAUUAA